ACCAUAAUUUCGGGGUCUGUCAAUGGUGUAACCUAAUGCGCAAUUCCCUUUUCCAUUUUAAAUCCUAAGCCAUCCGCUUCGAUAGAGCCCAAACUCGGGCAAAUCGCUAGCCAACGUAGCGAUAACAACGGUGUUGGCCCUUUCCAUCAUAUAUUUACAGUAAUUAGUGAAUUCCACUAGGCAAUAAGUGAUAUUCAACAUGCCACGCGAAAUCAAGGAGAUCAAAGAUUUCCUUCUGCGCGCUAGGAGGAAGGAUGCCAAAUCUGUAAAAAUCAAGAACAACCCCAAGAAAGGUAACACCAAGUUCAAGGUCCGCUGCUCGCGUUUCCUCUACACACUUGUUAUCUUCGACAAAGAGAAGGCUGAAAAAUUGAAGCAAUCCCUGCCUCCAGGUUUGCAAGUUAAGGAAAACAAGUAAUCUUUUUAAAUGUAAGCUUGUCUCCUGAUAUUAAAGUAAAUUACUUUAAAUUUA